GUGACCCCAACACAGAUGUCGACAUUGUUGGUUGUGAUCAACAGCUUCAAGGUCCGUGUUCGUUGUUUGCUGAAUAUUGAUACGAUGUCCGAGAAUAGAAUACUGCAUCGAUGUGGAGUGUGUGAGACUCCGUACACGUUCGGUGGACCCGACCCAUACCUACUUCCUUGCCUACAUUCAGUAUGUCAGACAUGCCAUGAUGUCGACAACACUGACACUAUACGAUGUGGCAUUUGUCAGAAGGGCUUCAAGAGGAAUGAUGUUGGCGACACUAAGGAUGUUGUAACAACAAAACAGGUGUUGUUGGCAACCAUUCAAAACAACGCUGGGGCGGUUUUAUGCACCAAUAACAACGAUGGCAAUCAAGCCAUGUCCUGGUGCCAGGAGUGUGAAGUGUUUCUGUGUGAAUACUGUCAGGUUUCCCAUGAAGAUCCGAAGGUGACCCGAAAUCAUCACGUUGUAGCCUUGUCUGAACUGACGUGUAACUUUAAGGGGUACACCCCUCAAACAAAGUAUUGUAAAAUUCAUGCGCAGUACAUCGAGGAACUUUUUGACCAAAAAUGUGGCCUCAUUUUAUGUGCAAUGUGUGUUUUAACACAUCAUAAAAACUGUAGUACAACCACAAUCAUAAACGCUGAUCCUGCGGAAAACACUCUCAAGGAAGGUAUUGAGCAUGUUUCAGAAAGGCUUAGUCUUGUCAAAGAUUUAGAAGGCAAAGUUGAUGGUCUUGAAUUGGAUAUUGAGCGUAAUACUCAAGACCUUAAAGAACAGAUAAAACAUACAUUUGGGCAUCUCAGGAGUGUUUUAGACCAGAGAGAAAAUGAAGUAUUACUGAAAUUAGAAAAGUGCAAAGAAGCAGAGAAGGCCUCAAAUGCAUCUCUUCGGGAGUUACUUCAACAUGAAGAUUCUACAUGUGAAACUUUGUUACAUUUUAUCCAGAGCUGUCUUGAACUGUGUGCUCCUACUGAAGUCCUCCCAUUGAAGAAGGCAAUAGAAGCCAAGAUAAUUGCUAACAGUGCCACACAAUUACCACAACGUAUCCGCCAACAGUCCUCAAUCACAUUUUCACAAAUGGGCCUCCAACCUUUGACAGAAGCAAUGGCAACGUUUGGAGAGACAUGCACUGCUUACUACACUUCAGGUGUGGAGUUCCUUAAUGUGGAGGAGGCUACAGAGGAACAGAAGGCCAGAGCCAGGAAGUACCUGUUGCCCGAGUCCUUCUACCUCUAUGAAAACAAACCCCCUUGUCCAGGCUGUAUUGGCUGUGAGGACUAUGACCCCAGUAAAGUCAGCGUGCCCAGCAAGGUCAAAGCCAAAUGUGUUGCAGGCAGUACUGGUGCCAGUGGAGGCUUCUGCAUGUUCGGUCAGGCCUCAGGGAUGUCCAUUUCUACGCUAGCUGCACAGGGAGAUGUACCAGACUCACACCUUGAAUGGCCAUAUGGAAACAGGGAAGGCAUUGAAGGAAGCUCAACGGUAACUUAUGCUCCCCAGAACAGACGUCAGAUGCCACAAAGUGGCUUCUUUGCCUCUUCUCUGAGGGGACAGUCAAUACAGUAUGGUCAGUCUAACAUUGCUACAUCAAUACCUGGUCCAGGAUACUCACCCCAUGGCCUUACAACAGCAUCAGCAAUAAACCAGACCCCCUCCCUUUAUGCUGCGAUCAUGGGCAAGGAUUCUCCUCAUAACAUGGGAGCAAUACAUGCACAGAUUCCAUCAGGAGCACCAAGUCCUGCUGCUCAGGCUAUUCCUCAGUACCUGGGUCAGCCAGCAGCCCAGCCUCAGCAUCAGCAUCAGCCUCAGCAUCAGCCUCAGCCUCAGCAUCAGCCUCAACCUCAACCUCAACCUCAGCCUCAACCUGCCACAACCCUUGCAUCACAUAUGGCUCAAAAGCCAAUCUUCACAUCAGGAAACUUUGGAGCUGGUGUUAAGACUGCUUCAACCCCUCUGACCAAGGCGACAAGUCCCCAGGCUGUCCCUGCUCAACCUCAACCUUUUGGUCAGAUGCCACAGGUGCAGGCUCAGAAUCUUGUUAACAGGGCUGUGACAUCCACUACUUCCCCCAGUGCGUCUACUGCGGAAGUUGUUUGUAUUUUCCGAGGGAAAGCAACCUACACAUCGAAGAUUGGUUCCAAGAUGGAAGGUAAUGUCAAAGUGUUUUGCUUUGGUGCUGAGAAGGGUGGCCGGGUUAGGAUGGAGACUCUUUCAACGAACCAGAUAAUCCUCAACCAUGAUAUUAAUACACUGAAGCUGGUGGCAGCCUUCAUCCCGCAGCUGGUCACAUGGAAGAGACCCCAGCAUGAUGGGAAGGGAGAGGAGACUGUGAACUUGAACUUUGAAAAUGCUGAACUAGCCCAGGAAUUGAAGUCAGUCAUUCGGAGAAUACAGGAAGCAGGGAAGAAAUCUGAAGCUUCAACUCCAAAACCAGCCGUGGCAACUUCAUCGCCAUUCACCAUCUCAUGCUCUCAGGCCUUUAAGCCAACCACAACACCGACCCCUACAGGAUCUUCACCUGCAGUGUUUGGCCAGACUCCUCAAGCCAAGGCCUCUGUGACGUCCCCCAAAUCCCCAGAAGGGGACUACUAUGUCAAUAAGGAUGGAGAGGACUCUCACAUCUAUUUCGAACCUAUUGUGUCUUUACCUGUGAAGACUGGGGAAGAGGAGGAAAUAACCCGUUUUGAACAGAGGGCAAAGCUCUUCAGGUUCAGUGAGGGUGAGUGGAAGGAGAGAGGUCUUGGCACAAUGAAGAUCCUGGAACACAAAUCCUCUCACCGCUACCGAUUGCUGAUGAGGCGAGAACAGAUCUACAAAGUCUGCUGCAACCACGUCAUCACCCCUGAGCUGGAACUCAAGCCUAUGGCCUCAGGUGAUGGGAAGUCAUGGGUUUGGCAUGGUAAGGACUUCUCAGAAGAAGAGGGCAAGGUGGAACAACUGGCUAUCAAGUUUAAGAACAAGGAGAUAGCUGACAUAUUCAAGAAGGAGUUUGAUGCUGGCAAAUGUGGUGAAAAACGUGCUUCUGGAGCCGCUACAGAAGAUGUGUCAGCCAAGCAGUUUGAGGCAAAAUCUGAGGAGACAAGUCCUGCACCAACAAGAGCGUCAGUUCAAGUUUCAAGCAGUGCUGGUAGUGUUGCAGGCAGUACUGGUGCCAGUGAAGGGUUCUGCAUGUUCGGCCAGGCUUCAGGGAUGUCCUUCUCUACCCUAGCUGCACAGGGAGAUGCAGUUGGUUAUGCUUUCAAGAAAGGCAAGUAGACAGUUACCAUCAUCAGUCCUAGAAUUGCUUGCAGCCUUUUCAACCCCAAAAGUCCAAAGAUUCCAGGGUAGAAUAGAUCUUUAGCAACCCAUGCUUGCCGUAAAAGGUGACUAUGCUUGUCGUAAAAGGCGACUAACGGGAUCGGAUGGUCAGGCUCGCUGACUUGAUUGAUGCAUGUUAUCGAUCCCAAUAGCGUGGUUCGAUGCUCAUGAUAUCAAUCACUGGAUUGUCUGGUCCCGACUCGAUUAUUUACAUACCGCCGUCAUAUAGCUGGAAUAUUGCUGAGUGCGGCGUUAAACAACAAACCAAACCAAAAAAAGAAAUGUAAUUCCCAGCAUUAUUCUGCCCUAAGUCUGAAGCUAAUGUCUAAAUUUCCCAAAUUGGAAUUAGGAUGCUCUUAAUUGAUAUAAUAUAUAGUAGCAUCUAGAUUCUAAUGUGAUCACUUGGUCAAGUGUAUUUCACUCAUAGCAGGAUCAAUAAAGAGGAAGAGGCUUAAUGCUUAGUUCACAGUACUGAAUGUAAUAUUGAUAUUCAAUGUGAAUAGACCUUUAAAUUGAAGGAGAAAGGUACCUUAAAUACAAUAUCACAAUUUUGAACAAACUAAGUUCCUACUUCAUUUUGCUUGCCAGGUACCCUUUGUUUGGAGUCUUAGUGAAGUCCCUUCCCAAGUUAUUGAGCAUAGCGCUUGGCCUGACAUUCUAUAUUUUU